CCCAGGUCCAAUGAAUUGAGAAAGAACGGAAGAGAGAGCCGGAAGUCUGGACUCAAGCCACAAGCGAGUGAAGGGACGACCGAGUGUCGGAUUGACCGAAGAUCGCCGCCAGGCGCCAGCUCUCCACCGCGCCCCGCCGGGCGCCAGCUCUCCACCGCGCUCCGCCAGGCGCCAGCUCUCCACCGCGCCCCGCCGGGCGCCAGCUCUCCACCGCGCUCCGCCAGGCGCCAGCUCUCCACCGCGCCCCUCCAGGCGCCAGCUCUCCACCGCGACCCGCCAGGCGCCAGCUCUCCACCGCGCCCCGCCUCCAGGACCACGACUGAGUCAUCACUGACUCAGCCUUCAGUGCCUCUGUACUCCGUAGUCCGUACUCGCCUACCCGCAAAUAUACAAUGGGGCCACGAUGGAAAGGACAGGGAGCAGAAGCUAAAGCCAUUGCAGAUCCCAUGUCCAGCAUAGUAUCACAGCUUCAAUCUUCUUUCCUCCAAUCCAACUCUACAGGAUUGCUUUCUGGUUCCAUUGUUCUUCUUGAAGCCAAUAUAGAAAAAACCGAUCUUCUCAAUCGUGCGUGUUUUGGCAGGCCGAUCAUAUCUGCUCAGAAGAAUGGUCAGUGGUUUCAAUUUAGUCUGGAGGAAGCAUUUUACUUGACCUAUUCUUUAAAAUGUAUCAAUCUUGUGGAUGAGAAUCAACACAAAAUUAGUAUUGAAGAGGUAUGGAAGCAUAUGGUAUCCCAGAGGGAAAACUUUCCAAAUUUAUGCAGAGCAUAUUGCCAUCUAAGGUCAAAGAAUUGGGUAGUUAGAUCAGGGAGUCAGUAUGGUGUAGACUUUGUUGCUUAUCGCCAUCAUCCUUCUCUGGUGCACUCAGAAUAUGCAGUUCUUGUUUUGUCCCUCGAAGGAGGAAGCAACGGAAAUGGCCGUUUGAGGGUCUGGUCUGAUUAUCAGUGCACUCUCCGGCUUUGUGGGAGUGUGGCCAAAACACUGUUAGUUCUUUAUGUGCAGAAACACAGUAUUGUUGAUGUGGAAUCACCAUCAAGCUUAGAUAGUUACACUAUUGAAGAGAGAACCAUCACAAGAUGGAGUCCAGAACAAUGCCGUGAAGACAGUAGUUAGCAUGUAACCUUCAAAACUGUGCUUGGUUUCUUUUCCCAUGUUGAGCCUGGUAGAAAUUGUUUGAUUGGAUUUCUAAUUUUUUCCAUAAUCCAUAAAGAAUAAGUGCAGGAGUAGUUAUUUGUAAAUAUCACGAUGUGUAGGAUAAGGAUUAAGAGUUUAGAAAAUUUUAAAAUUAUCUCAAAUCCCUCGAGUGAGAUACUCUUGGUUUGAUUCGGCAUUGGAAUUAAGAAAGUGUGAUCGGCGUGGUUUAAAGUUAUGCAGAUGAGAGAG